AUGGUUCCAAGAAAGUGUCUGCUGGUGAGUUUUUGUAGAGGAAAUCGCCUGACGCCUCACCAAGGAAUUCAGUUGCAUCAAGGAGCUGCCUCCGUCACCAGUUCGUCGGUUGUCGAUGCAACUGCUGCUACGGAGGUCACUCGAGAUAUCCGAGUGAUGGUUCAGCCAGCUGGGGAAACGCGGUCAGCAGAAUUAGACACCAAAGGACUUAUUGAGACACAAACUGAGACGAAGAAAAAAAUCCAAUUCAGUGAUUUCAAAAUUCUUGAGAAACCUCUGGUGAAACAUCAAUUUAUGUUUCCUCACGAAGAAUUCUACCUUCUGUCUAAAAAAGGCAAGUUCCACAUAAUUGCUGACAAGCAGAACACAAAAGUUCGUUAUCAUUUGAAAUGUCCUUGA